AUGAAUACUCUAAUUAAAUCAAUAGCAGGGAAAUUCUCGACAGUUGCAUUGCAUGCUGCUGUACCUUUCACAGGGUACAAGUACGAUGACAUCGAUACCUCCAAAAGUUAUAGAUUGCGAUCUUUACUCUCUGAAAUUUGGGACAACAGAAUUGACGAAGGAUUUCACAUGGCUUACGAACAAUUCAUUCAAGCACUCAGUGAGAAGGAUUACAAGUUCAUCUCAACAAUAGCUAAUGCAAGUCUAGAAAGAUCUUUGGAGAAAUAUAAUUUUCAAUUGUUAAAUCUCUAGAAUGGAACAAAAGAUAUUAUCUAUUCUGAUUUAACGUUGUCACUUGGUGAUAAAUCACAAUAGUGUGUAAAGAUGUCUCUUUUUGACUGUGUGAAUUUAGACAUAUAUGGUAAUGAUCAUGAACGAUCUGAAAUUGAAAAUGUCACCUUUCGAAUUGAGUGCUACAUACUGUCCUAGUUAAUGUUGUAUCCAACUCCUGAAGCCCAUUUUGAAUCAAUUUAUCACAGAGUGAUGUUUGAAUUGAAACUGACAUAAGCAGCCAAGACCACUCCAGAUUUAAUUAAAGUAUUGCUCCUGAGUUCAAAAAAAAGAAUGAAAUAUCUCCGAAAUCAUUUUAUAGGCAAAUAAUAUGAAUGGCGAAUUAUGGAAAUAGAUAAUUUAAACUUGUGA